UGUUCUGUCACUUCAAUCGCACGUGGAUUUCUGAGUUUAUGUUCUUGGUUUAUUUUGCGGUGUGAUUUUUUCCUGCUUUACGGCGUUUCACGAUGAAAAGGAAGAAUUUCGUGAGUUUGAAGGAAGUCACAGUUUCUGAGUCUGACUCAGAUUCCGGGAAUGACUUGGAGAUGCUUGAGAACAGCGACAGUGAUGGAGAUCUUGAUCCUGAGCUCUCCCGACCCACUGCCAAAGGAUCCUCCAGGCCGAAGUAUGCAAAAUUGGAGCAUAAAACAUUUUCUGUGGCUGAAAUCAAUGAACUCAAGGAAGUUGGCAAUCUCUACCACUCAAAUCUCUUCAAGAUGCAAACUGAGGAGAUGCUGAAGGAGGUGAAGAUACUACAGAACAAGCACAAGUCCUAUAUUGAGGAUUGGGUGUUGAAAUUCAAUGCAUUGCUUAAGAAAUUGCCAUCCGGAAAGGAAAAACAUAGCUUGAGUGAUGCUUCUUGGCGGGGAAAUAUUAAACUCUCACUGGACACAUCAUUUCUGGAAGAAACAAAGGGCGCCUUCCAGUUUGUGGCACCCAAAAAGCCAGCACAGAUUGUAGGAUCUCAAAGUCUGGGGACAAUCUUGGGCAAUCACUUUAAUGUGGAUGUUUGUAUUGAAGUUCCAAAAGAGUUUUACAAGGCUGAUGAUAAUCUCAACAUGAUUUAUCAUCGAAAGAGAGGUCUCUACUUAUGCUACAUCCUUAAGCAUCUCCAGGAUGAAUGUCCAGAAUUGGCAACAGUGCGAGAAUUUAUGUAUUCUCGAGGAGAUCCUCUGAAACCAAUACUUUUGCUGUCAAAUCCUGGCAAGAACAAACACGUUACUUUUGCCAUUCGCCUGAGCUGCGAAGUGAACACGUACAAACUGACGAGAUUCAUUCCGCAGAGGAACAAUGUGAGACCAAAUAUAAUCAAAGGAAUGCCAGAAAACGUCCAGACCGAUCAAUGUCCAACUCCUCACUACAAUUCGUCGAUUUUGGAGGAUUUUCUGCUGCUCAGGAAUGAAAAGUACAUCGCAUCGGCUCUCGGAGACAGGCAAAAUAUUCGCGAUGGUGUGAUUUUGCUGAAAAUUUGGCUGAAGCAGCGGCAAUUAGAUAGAGGAUAUUGUGGUUUUUCGGGAUAUCUCGCCACAAUCCUUGUCGCAUAUCUGAUCCAGUCGCGAAAGAUGACCCAAAAUGUGAGUAGUUAUCAAUUAGUGCGAAUCGUGUGGACAUUUCUGGCCAACAGUGAGUGGAAUGAGCUGGGAAAGGGACUUUGCUUGCUGGUGAAGGAAGAUGAGGGACAAAAUCAGCCGAAAAUGGAUGAAUUUCACAAAUUCUUCGACGUUGUGAUGACAGAUUCAAGUGGAUUUCUCAAUUUGUGCUACAACAUGUCACAGGAUGUGUACAAGAGGGUGAAAUUGGAGGCAAAAAUUGCACUGAAUAUCCUGGAUAAUUCAUCAGUGAAUAGAUUUCAGUGUCUCUUCAUGUCGACAAUUCCAUCAUUCCUUCAGUAUGAUCAAAUCCUGAACAUUACAGUUGACGAGGCUGUGAAAGAGGCUUUGCAGAGGAGCUCCUCACAUGCGGAUAUUCUGGAUUAUUGCACAUUUUGGUAUCCUAGACUUCUCAAAAUGAUAUUAGAGAUCGUCAGGAAGGGACUCUCGAACAGAGUCAUAUCCCUGUGUCCUCUUGCGUUGAAGGAAGCCAAAUGGAGUGCCAAUGAAGAUCCUCAGCCGGUGAAUAACUCUGCAACGCUCUCGAUUGGAUUGAUUGUGAAUCCCAAGGAAGCGCUGGACGUGGUGGUGAAAGGACCUCAAGCCAAUGAACCUGAGGCACUGGAGUUCCGCAGUUUUUGGGGCGAAAAGUCUCAACUUCGACGAUUCAAGGAUGGCUCAAUAACUGAAGCCUGCGUCUGGGCACCGUCAUCGAGCAGUCUCACGCGCAAGAGAAUGAUUUGCCGAGACAUUGUGAGGCAUUUGCUGUCUCACCAUUUGGAAGUGAGUGAAGAGAGUGUCGGAAAAUUCUGCACUUAUGUGGGAAAUCAACUGAAUUGCGAGAUUCCGGCAAGUGAAUCGUCCAAAGGUGGCAAAUAUCGUGAUGGAUAUGACACAGAAAUGAUGUCUCUGCAUGUUAUUCAGGAGUUUGAUGCGUUGGGCAAAAUUCUGCGAAGUCUCGAGGAUCUUCCGUUGGAAAUUACAGGUGUUCAGGGAACAUCUGCUGUCUUCCGGUAUUGUGAUCCCAUUGAGAACUUCCCAAAUGGCUACUGUGUCAGUCAUGAGGGGUGGAAAAUCUUCUACGGCAAGCAAAUUUACGACGGUGUCCUUCAGCUGAGCGUGAGUGGAAAGUGGCCAGACGAUGUCGAUGCGAUUGGGAAACUGAAGCAAGCCUUUUACCUGGAAUUGGCUAAGAAGUUGACAAAGAGUGGUGUGAAAUUCAGCAGAGUGUCUGGAAAUGCUAUAGAAAUUCUCAAAGAAGGCUUCAUCUUCCGCUUCAAGUUGGCGCACACAAAGGAGCUCAUGUUGCGAAAGCAAGUGCUGAUCAAUGGAAUCAGUAAGCAGAGAGAUUCACCGGAAAGUGUUCAGUUCGAGAAGGAGCUCUUCAUCUUGCCACGCCUCUCAAGUGCUCUCAAUGGAAUCCAUCAACAAUUCAAUUCCUUCGGACCGACUGUUUGCCUGGCAAAGAGGUGGCUCUAUUGGCAACUCUUUGAUCAACACCUCUGGCCAGAUGAGUGCACAGAACUCCUUGUGGCGUCGCUGUUCACUAAAGGUGGCGCCUUUUUGCCUGCAUUUCAGCCACAAGUGGGAUUCCUGCGAUUUCUACACUUGAUUGCCUACACAAAUUGGCAGAGUGAGAUGAUAAUUGUCAAUUUCAAUGAAUCUCUGAGUCAGGAAGAGAUCUCCAAAAUGGAAGGCAACUUCCUGUCGUCCCGAGACAAUUUUCCACCACUGACAAUUGUGACUUCCUUCGACAGCAGCAAACACAGCAUUUGGAGCAAAUCCGCCCCAAUUCUGCAGGUUCUCGUGAGAGUUUCAUUGCUGGCGAAGCAAAUGCUGGACAGUGUGGAAAAUGAUCUCGUUUCGGGUGUGUUGGAAGUUGAAAAGCUCUUCCGGCAGCAUCAAUUUGACUCCUUCGAUGUCGUGAUCAAAAUUGACGCUGGAAAUGUGAAUUUUGAGGCACAAAAUGCAACAAAAGAGAUGCAGAAGAAGAGACUUCCUGUGGAAUUCAGUCCUGCGAAGCGGUUCUUGGAGGAUUUGCGCUCUGCAUUUGGUUCAGUGGCGCUAUUCUUUGCCAAUCCCUUGAAGGAAGACGUGAUUGGAGUGUUUUGGAAGCCCAACAUUGGAGACAGAACGGAUUUUCGAAUAUCAACUCUGAAUGGACACACAACAAAGUCAGAUGGACAAAUUCAAUUGCAUACGGAAAAGAUUGUGAGGGAUUUCGAAAUUAUGGGGGAAGGAUUGGAGUUGGAAAUAAUAAGGAAGCGGUAAAUAAUCAAAUGAACUUGAAACUUGAAUCCUUUGAAUUUUUCUUGAAUAUAAAGAUUUUAUCAUACAGAUGAUUUGAUACAGAAUUUUAGAAAAUAUUGACUUCAUUAAGAAAUUUGAACAGUCAUUUCAUUUUCGUCGUCUCACGGAUGGGUUAAAGGUCUUAUGUUGAUCACACUAC